AUGUCCCAGGAUUUCAGGAUUUCCAACAGGUCCAACUUCCAGGUCUCCGAGUUCAUUCUGUUGGGCUUCCCGGGCAUUCACAGCUGGCAGCACUGGCUCUCCCUGCCACUGGCCCUCCUCUACCUCUCAGCUCUCGGUGCCAACACCCUCAUCGUGAUCACCAUCAGGCAAGAGGCAGCCCUGCACCAGCCUAUGUACCAAUUUCUGGGCAUCCUGGCCGUGGUAGACAUGGGUCUUGCUACCACCAUCAUGCCUAAGAUUUUGGCCAUUUUAUGGUUCAAUGCUAGGGCCAUCCGUCUCCCUGAGUGCUUUGCUCAGAUGUAUGCCAUCCAUUGCUUUGUGGCCAUGGAGUCAGGAAUCUUUCUCUGCAUGGCUAUAGAUCGAUAUGUAGCCAUUUGCCAACCACUGAGAUAUCCAUCAAUAAUUACUGAGCCUUUUGUGAUCAGAGUAACUGUGUUCAUGGCACUCAGAAACUUUCUGGCUCCCAUCUCAGUGCCUGUGCUUGCUGCUCAAAGAAAUUAUUGCUCUAGGAAUCAGAUAGAGCACUGCCUUUGCUCUAACCUUGGCGUCACUAGCCUGUCUUGUGACGACAGGAAAAUCAAUGGUAUCAAUCAACUAGUUCUAGCUUGGACAAUCAUGGGCAGUGAUCUUAGUUUGAUUGUUUUAUCAUAUGCUUUGAUACUUCAUUCUGUCUUGAAGCUUAAUUCAGUAGAAGCUGCAUCCAAGGCCUUAAACACCUGCACAGCCCACCUUAUCUUAAUCUUUUUUUUCUACACAGUGAUAAUUGUCAUCUCCAUCACUCACAGUGCGGGCAUGAGAGUUCCUCUCAUCCCUGUUCUACUCAAUGUGCUGCAUAACAUCAUUCCACCUGCCCUGAAUCCCAUGGUGUAUGCCCUCAAGAACAAAGAGCUCAGGCAGGGCUUGUACAAGAUGUUUAACCUGGAGACCAAGGGCAACUAA